AUGGCGCUGAGCAUACUCAGCUACAACGUGCCGCAAGGCCUAAAGAUGAGCACCAACAAUAACAACAGCAAGAGUGGUGGUAAUGCCGGUGCCACUACGCCCACCAGCGAUGAGAAUGCGCCCAACCAAGGUAAUGGUGGACGUACCACCAUCAACCUUGGCAAGUCCUUCAGUCGCAUCACCAUGCAAAAUGUGCUGAGUGAGAGUAGCGGUAAUGCGCUGAAUAUCAGCAACAACAGCAAUGUCAACACGAUCGUACGGAAGAUCAAAGAUUUCGGCAUGUACGCAAGCGUGAAUAAUGCAGGCGCAUUGAGCACUGCAAUGACUGGAGGACGCAAGCGCACAGCCAGCGAGGCGGCUAAAGGAAAAACGGACACUAAAGCAACUGAAGGCAAAACGGAAAAGCCUAAGGUGCCCAAUAAGCGCACGAAACUUGCGAAUAAAGAUGGAAAUCCGUAUGAAAAGCCAACCAAAGCCGUGGUAACGAAAUCGGCCGCCACAAAUACAAACCGUCCAAAACCGAGUACGCCUGGUGCGAAGAAACCCGCUGGCACACCCGGUCGCAAGGGUUUACCGCUACCACAGGCGGUGGCACGGCGCAAUGCACGCGAACGUAAUCGCGUUAAGCAAGUGAAUAACGGUUUUGCCGCACUGCGUGAACGCAUACCCGAGGAGGUGGCCGAGGCUUUCGAGGCGCAAGGCAAUGGACGUGGCACGGUGAAGAAGCUCAGCAAAGUGGAGACGCUGCGCAUGGCUGUCGAAUAUAUACGCAAUUUAGAGCGUCUACUCGGCUUUGACUUCCCUAUCGGCAGCGAUCGUGGCCUAUCGCUUCUGCAUGGCGGUUCGUCUAGUGAUGACAGCUUCACAUUCAUUAAAGACGAAUUCGAUGCGCUCUCCCCACCACUGGAUGACACCCCUUUCGAUGAUUCGCUGAGCAACUAUGAUGUCGAUGAAUAUUUGAAUAGCACCGAUUUUGGCAAUAAUCAAACGAUCUCACAAUUAGACCUUAGUGGCGCAACCGAUGCCGAAACCUACGAAAUGGAUCUACUACCGAGUCUAACGACUAUCAAUGGCAUGCAGUAUAUACGCAUACCCGGCACCAAUACCUAUCAGCUGCUCACGCCGGACGCACUCUUCAUGGGCAAUGCGCCGCAUUCGCCGCCAAACUCCAGUCUCGAUGAUGAGUCCUUUCAAACCUUAAUCGACACUAAUUGCCUAAGUCCUGUGGCAACAACAUCAUCGCCGCAUAUUUCGCCAUCGUCUGCAACGUCAAUUAACGCUGCACCUGCCGCAACUGCAGCGUCGCUGGUAGGCGCGGCAGCCGUAUUACAACAACGACAGCGUCCUGCUGGGGACUUGGUCGAUGAGUGUGUAAAUGCGGCGGUUGCCAGCACAUUAUCGCGAUCGCCGGUGCAAUCAUCCCCAACGCAGCGCACAAUAUUACAUCAACAACAACAGCAACAAGAGCACCAACAAUAUCAGCCGCAAACACCAACGCAGGGGUCGUCCAACUUAUCACCUGCCGAUAAUGAUGCACUUUUAUUACAGGCGUGUGCCACAACGAGUGCCACCGCCGAUGAAGUCGAUGGUAAUGAGUGCCGCACUGCCAACGAACGCCAACGGUUUGCCGUGGCAUUGGCAACCCCUACAACGCUGUCACUGCCCUCGCCGCACGCGAUUAAACAGGAAUUCAACGAUACAUUAAGCGACUUUGUCCCCUCCAAUUCGGCGUCUUCGUCCAAUCACAUGUCCGCGGGCGGUGCAAUGGUAUUCCAGCAACAACAGCAGCAAUUGCAACACCGUUUAUUACUUAGUCAGGCGCCUUUGUCCACAAUGUCGCCACCGUUGGAACGUUGCCGGUCGAGUGUCACACCAUCGUCGCAGCUAACAACAACUGCAAGCACAUCGCCAACAUUGUUGUUUGUGCCCAACGAUGCUACAACCCCCACAACACCGGGCCUACCAUCAUUCUACGACACCGACGUGGAUAACACUUUCUAUGAGUCCGCGCACAUGUCCUUUAAGAAGGAAUACCAGGACGCUUUGCUCGAUGUGGCGGCAACAACAAAUGCCAGCGACGGUAUAAGCGGGUUGCCCGACGAGAAUAUCAUCGAGGUGUUGGACUGGUGGGAGGCACACACACCGAAAUCGGAAGGUGGCGUGGCAUUGCUGUAG